GGGCGCUGACUCAUAGUCGACGUUCGCUCGCUAACGAUCCGGUCCCUCGGUCUGCGAGUGUUUUGCCCCUCGCGCGACUGUGGUCGUGGGCGCCAUGAAUUGCGAGAACUUCGCGGCGGGCGAGCGGUUGGUGUCCCCGGCCUACGUGCGGCAGGGCUGUGAGGCCCGCCGCUCCCACGAGCACCUCAUACGGCUCCUGCUGGAGAAGGGCAAAUGUCCAGAAGAUGGUUGGGAUGAAAGUACCAUUGAGCUGUUUCUCCAUGAACUUGCCAUUAUGGAUAGUAACAAUUUCCUGGGAAACUGUGGUGUGGGAGAAAGGGAAGGUAGAGUAGCAUCUGGGUUAGUUGCCCGUCGACAUUACAGGUUCAUUCAUGGAAUUGGAAGAUCAGGUGAUAUUGCUGCUGUGCAACCCAAAGCUGCAGGUUCUAGCCUUUUGAACAAAAUAGCCAAUUUAUUAGUUCUGGACAUCCUAAGACUGGCUGGUGUUCGUUCAGUGGUUGACUGCUUUGUUGUUCCAGUGGCGACUGGUAUGAGUCUAACCCUGUGUUUCUUGACACUACGACACAAGAGACCAAAGGCAAAAUAUAUUAUUUGGCCACGGAUAGAUCAAAAAUCCUGCUUUAAAUCCAUGAUCACUGCAGGUUUUGAGCCUGUGGUGAUAGAGAAUGUAUUAGAAGGUGAUGAGCUACGCACAGACCUGAAGGGAGUGGAAGCUAAAAUCAAGGAGCUUGGGGCUGAGAACAUUCUGUGUGUUCAUUCUACUACAUCCUGUUUUGCUCCAAGGGUGCCUGAUAAAUUGGAAGAACUGGCUGUGAUAUGUGCUAAUUAUGAUAUUCCACAUAUAGUCAACAAUGCAUAUGGAGUACAAUCUUCAAAGUGUAUGCAUCUCAUACAACAGGGUGCUCGAGUCGGUAGAAUAGAUGCCUUCGUUCAGAGCUUGGACAAAAAUUUUAUGGUUCCAGUAGGUGGUGCUAUUAUUGCUGGCUUCAGUGAUUCCUUCAUUCAAGAAAUCAGCAAGAUGUAUCCAGGAAGAGCCUCAGCUUCCCCAUCUUUAGAUAUUGUUAUUACCUUACUAUCACUGGGAUCAAAUGGCUAUAAGAAGCUUUUAAAAGAAAGAAAGGAAAUGUUUUUAUAUUUAUCCACUGAAGUAAAAAAACUAUCAGAACUCCACAAUGAAAGAGUGUUGGAUACAUUUCAUAAUCCUACGUCUCUAGCUAUGUCCCUUAAAACAUUGGAUGAGCAUUCUGGCAACGCUGUCACAGAACUUGGAUCUAUGCUUUUUACUAGACAAGUGUCUGGAGCCAGGGUUGUGCCUCUGGGGAUUCUGCAAACUAUGAAUGGCUACCCUUUCAAAGGCUUUAUGUCACAUGCAAAUAACUAUCCCUGUGCUUAUCUCAAUGCCUCAUCAGCAGUUGGAAUGAAAAAACAAGAUGUAGAAUUGUUCAUAAAAAGGCUUGAUAAGUGCUUGAAGUCAGUGAGAAAAGGAAAAAGCAAAGAGAGUGCUGGUGACAGUGCGGUUGAUAAUUGUAACAUCACUGAAGAUGUGAAUAUUCAAGAAAUGGCCUUAAAUCUGGAUAAUGCAGUUGUUCUCGAUGAAUGCAAAGAAAUUUAUUCCUGACAUAUCUUUCUCUUUAUGGUUUGAAAUAAAUUUUUGAAGAUAACUACAAUGAAUAAUAAUUUAUAAUUUUUUAAAUUAAUAAUUCCUUUGAAAAUGUUUAGUUAAUGUACUUGAAUAGAGAGUGAAUUAAGUUAGCAAAUGAUUAUUAUCUUUUGAUUCUUGGGCUGUUUCAUAAUUAUGCCUCAAUCUUUAUAAUCUUCCACAGAAUAAAAUAUACUUAACAUUUUUCUAACUGAAAAGUAGUCAGCUAUGCACUUUUAUUGAAGUAAUCCUUACUAAUAUAAGGAUAAUAAAAUUGCCUAUAAUUCUCUGAAAUAUUUGAACUGUUUUUUUUCCUGGCUGCUGCCUCAUUUACACAUUAUGUAUGUUCUAAGUUUGUCCUGUUGUAUAGUUCGUAUGGUUGUUGAUAAAUAGGCAUAUUCUAAGGAAGGUUGAUUAAAAACAUGCUCAUUAGUUUGUUUUUAUUAAAAUGAAGAGCUUUUCGAGAAAUGGUGAAUUUUUCAAAUUUUCUAUGGUGACUUUAGUUAUCUAGUUUUGCUUUUUAAUGAAAUACUUCUAUGGGUUCACAAUGUGAUGGAGUGACCAGAGUACUAACUGAGAAGUGGGAGGCCUGUAUAUUCAUCCCAUAUUGUGUCAUUGUCUGAUUGUAUAACCUUGAGCAAGUCAGUUAACUUCUGGGGUUCAGUUUCCUUAUCUGUAAAAUUAAAGGAUUAAUAUUUAAGAUCCCUUUCUGCUAAAAUUCUCUGAUCCCAGAUUCCUUGAACAAAUACGUUCUAUUUUGGCAUGUGAGAAUCAUAAGUGAUGGUCAGCAUCAGUAGCUCCAAAAAUACAUUUUUAUUAAAGAAAAUUUUAAAAUGUACAUACACUUUUUUUAAGCUUAUAAUAAUAUUUGAUCUUUUGAAUCUAUGUGCUAUAAGGUAACAUGCUUACAUAAUCUUUUGGGGGGCAGCCAACAACACUAGGAUUGAUUAACUCAAGCAUAUUUGGACAUAUGCAUCUGCUAGGGUAGAAAAUGAAACAAUGUGAAAAUAGUUGCUUCUCAUGAGGUAUUCCUGAAAUUCUUUAAUUUAAUAACUGUGGUAUAUGUAAGGUAUUUGGCUUAUGUUCCACAUAGGUCAAAAUGCCAGAAAAACUCCCAAUUGAUAUUUGACUAUACCUUUGAUUUUGUGAUUGCAUCUUUUUUGAUUGAUUUUAAAAAUGAGAGAAUUUUCAGGUACUUGGGCUUACAUAAAACAUUAGUUAAACUUUCAGUCUAUUGUCAAACAUUAGCUACAACUUAUACAAGUUCCAAUAAAUGUGAAAAGAAUACUUUAUAAACAAAUAUAAUAAUGUUUUAAAAAUCUUUUCUGUCCCAAAACUCUUAAUUAGGAUAUUUUAUAUUCCAAGCAUCACAUUCAUACCUGUGUUUUCUUUGUAAGUUAUCUUUUAAAUUCCAACAAUAUUUUUAAAAAUAAAUUUACUUUUGAAAUUUUGACUCAUUUCACAUAAAUAUUCAUGAAUAAAAUUACAUUGUGCAAUGAUCAUAUUAGUUUUUUUUUUUUAAUUUUUACUGUUUGAAAUGGGAUUGUAGGACAAAUAAAAAACCAACCAGAUGUAACAAAAUCUCUAGAGCAUAAGAAAGGAAAUUAAGUAAUGAUGCAAAUGUAAAUGCUGGCAUUGAAGCUUAAUAUACAUGUAAGCCAAAAUUGUUUUAUAGAAAAAGUCAUCUAUAUUGUGGGAUCAUCAUUUGGCUUAAGAAAGGGUAGAGUCCAGAGACUAGCAAAUGUUUUAAUCUCCAAUGUAUCAGCGGUUCUUGGACUUCAGCUGCUGAGUAGAUAAUACUAAUUAAAGAUAAAUUACAUGAACUCAUAUAUAAAUGAUAGAUAUGGUAUAACAUUCCUGUUCUUAAUGUAUAAAGUUUGAGCUCCUAUUUUUAUUAUCAUUUUUAAAGAAGUUUUAGAUUUCUGGUUUAAAUUCUUAUUGACCCUAAAACAGCUUUGUGAUCACAAAAAUAAAAACAAGUAUUUUGAGCAUGUGUCUAACCCCAAAAUAUACAACAUAAAUGUCUAUAACAUAUAACAUGUUCGUUAACAUGUGUUCAUAUAUUGUAUAUUGUUCAUAGCAACAGUAUAACUAUAACAUGACAUGUUCAUGAACAUGUGGUCAUAUAUUACUGUUAAUGGCAAAUUCUUUAUGACUGAAUUCAUAAUUCAGUUCAGUUAUAUAUUAAUUCCCACAAAAGUAUUUCCCAUCCCUACAUAGGAAGGGUUCUUAAGUCACAGUAAAUCCAAUGACCUAGGCUAAAGUGAUUUAAUUUUUUUAAAUAGACAGUAGUGGAAUAUCCUUGAAAAGAAAACCAAAUACUGGUUUUAAUGUAACAUAAAAUUUUAACAUAAUGUGCUUCUUACUACUGUAUACAUACAUUUUAAUGUAUUUCAGAUCAGGUUUUUAUUUACAUUUGACUCUUUUAGCCUCAUGCUAAUGAUAUUUUGGAUUACCAGUGGAGAAAGGGGCACCAAAAGGAACCCAUUAUCAGUAAAUGUAAUUUUUAAAUAUUUAAUUUUAUUUGUUGAUAAUUGUAUUAAGUAAUUAAACAUAAACUAUUAUUUAGCACAGUACCAUUUAUAUGUUAGAGAGCUUGAUGAUGAUUUAGAGUGAUAGAAUUUUUACUUCCAUCUCAGUUAAACCUAAGUUCCUAAGUAUAUUUUUCACCAAAUUAUUGAUCCAUGUAACUGGUAAUUUCUAAGGCACAUUUUAUUUAAUUGCACAUAACAUGGUGUGGUAUUCAUGCUUAACUUAUGCUAGUGCAAAAUUAAAAAAAAAAUUCUAGUCUUUGUAUCAUGCUUUUAAGUCUUUUGACUUUAGUGACAUUUAAAAUUCAGGUAAAAUUUGGCAUUAGUGUUAAUUUUAUUUUAAUAUUCAAAAACUUAUUCUCAUAGUUAGAACUAUUACACAUCCAUUCCAGGAACUCCCAUAGAAGUUAAUAUGCAUAUAAAUUUGGAUAAAAAUAGUUUUCUUCACCUCCCCAUGUAAUAGAAAUUUUUUUGAGGACUUAAAAAGGUUAUCUUUUUUUAAAAUUUAAUUGACUGUUUUUAAAAAUAGCAAAUUUUCAGUAGCAUUGAAGUUUGGUUAUCAUAAGUGUUAUAAUGUCUUUAGAAAAUGCAAAUAGGUUUUCUUAAAGAAGUAUUCAUACUUUUAACAGUGACGCAAACUGGAAAGAGCUGUUUGUUGUUAUAAUAUCCAGUAUUUUCCUGUAGUCUGACACAUUAUAUUAAUUUUAAUUUGCAUAUUUAGUUCUUUGUAUGAUAAAGAAUUGUCACCUUAUCCUUUGGUGCCUUAAUUUUAUUUUUAUCCUCUUUUUGACUUUUUUGGAUGCCAAAUGACAAACACAAGAUCAAUAAGCAUAUUUUUGUAAUUUCUCACAUAAUGUACAUUGUUCAAUCUCAAGCCAUAUAGGAAUUCCAGGAAUGUUUAUACUCUUUUGUUGUUAGCAGGUUGUGUUGGUUUUAACCUUAAUUAAAACACGAAGAAUUGUCUAUUUUUGUAGAAUGUGUUUUUUGUUUUACCAUUAUAGUGGGAAACUGAUAGCAGUGAAUGACAACUAAUGAUUCAUCUACUUGUUUUGCUGAAUGAAAAAGUUGUUUCCAGAAAUGUUUUUGGUGUUUGAUGUUAAAAGUAAACGAUGCAUACAUAUAUAAUUUCUAAAAAAAAAAAAUCAAAUACUAGUGAGUUGUAUUUUAUUUUGUCCCAUGUUCAAAUAAAAUC